UUGAAGCUGUCUUCUCUUCCGAGUUUCGAAGACGCCUCUCUCUGGGAGGGACUCUCUCUCUCUCUCUGCGCUUCGUCAAUGGAAUUUCAAAACCAGUGGUUCUGAAUUCUAUUCAAUGGAGCCCCCGAACCCCAUUUCAAGCUCUUCUUCAGUUCGCGUCCUAAUACGGCCCCCAUCUUCACCCACACCCACUUCCUCCUCGUCUUCAACCUCUCAAACCGCUCCUCUUCCCUCUCCCAUUCCAACCUCACUCCCUCCGUCUUCUGAUGGCGUCGUUGUCGUUGGCUUCAUUGGCAGAAGACCUGACAUCACGACCCACCUCCUCAACCGGAUCGUCGACUCCAAUAUCUUCGGCUCUGGAAGCCUGGAUGAGAAUCUUCGCAUUGAUAAGGAAGAGCUCCGGGAGUGGUUUAAAUGGAGGAGAAUCAGUUACUACCAUGAACGCCAAAGAGGGGUUUUGUUUUUGCACUUCUCUUCCAAUCUCUGCCCUGCGUUUGAUGAUGGGGUUUUGGAGUCUGGCUGGGGUUUCGAUUUGGUCAUGGAAGAACACGAGUUUGGGGAUCUUCAGGGGAUGUUGUUCUUGUUUUCUGUUUGCCAUGUAAUCAUAUAUGUUCAGGAGGGUUCACGAUUUGACAUUCAACUUCUGAAAAAGUUUCGAGUAUUGCAAGCUGCCAAGCAUGCUUUGGCACCAUUUGUUAGAUCACAAGCAACUCCGGGAUUUUCAUCUAGGCCACCCUCAUCAUCCUUCCGACCAACCACUUCUGCACCUGCCUCUAAUAAUUCUUCUCCUGGUAGAAGUCGUAGUAUCUUGAAUCGCAAUGGUUCUGCUGUUUCACUGAUGUCAGGUUUAGGUUCCUACACCUCUUUGUUUCCAGGACAGUGCACCCCUGUUUUGCUGUUUGUUUUCAUCGAUGAUUUCUAUGACUUGCCAAAUUCUAGUUCCAAUGCUGAAGAGACAACAGAUGGGUCCUCACACAAUCAAUCUUCUAGUUUGAGUAGUUUAACAAGGUCAAAUAUGCCUGCUAAGGUUUCUAGUCCAGUAGUUGUGCUUGCUCGCCCCGCGAGCAAAUCUGAAGGUGGUUCCAGAAAGAAACUACAGUCGUCUCUUGAAGCACAGAUUCGCUUUCUGAUAAAGAAAUGUAGAACUCUUUCCGGUACUGAAACCAGUCACUCUGGAUCAAAGAGUGGAGGUAUUUCUAGUUCUGUUCCUUUGUUCUCGCUUGAUGCUACGAGGUCUGUUGUGUUGUUAGAUAGGACAGGAAAUCAUAAAGGCGAAUCUCUUGAGUUUGCAACUGAUCUUGUGGAAGAUGUUCUGAAUGGGAAGGCAACCCCAGAUUCUCUUUUGUUUGAAAGCCAUGGUCAGAAUGCUAAUAAAGAUGAUAUAACAUCUCUUAAGGAGUUUAUUUACAGGCAAUCUGAUAUUCUGAGGGGAAAGGGAGCACUGGUCACUAAUUCGAAUAGUGGCUCAGCAGCUGGUGUUGGCAUGGUUGCCGCUGCUGCCGCUGCCGCUGCUGCCUCGGCCUCUGCUGCAUCUGGAAAAACAUUUACUACACCUGAACUUCCAAAUAUUGAGGUUUGGUUAUCUUCUAGUCAACUAAUUCUUCAUGGAGUUCUUUCAGCAAAAGGUGGGUGCUUAGAAGAAAUUGAAAUUAGCAAAAGAAAAUCUCGAGUGAGGAAUGCUACUCCACAAUCACUUGAAGGAAUUGCUUCAAAAAGCAUUGAUCCCCUAGAUAUAGCAGUUUCUUGGUUAGAAAGUGGUAAAGGAUUGAAUGCAAAAUUUUCUACUUUGUGGUGUGAAAGGUCCCUACCAGCUGCAAAGGAGGUUUAUCUGAAAGACUUGCCUGCUUGUUAUCCAACUUCACAGCAUGAAGCACAUCUGAAGAAGGCAUUGCAGGCUUUUUAUUCAAUGGUCAGAGGAUCUGCAACACAACACUUUGCGAAGAAAUUGGGGGAUGAAUGCACAUCCAUCUGGAAAUCUGGCAGGCAGCUGUGUGAUGCUGUUAGUUUGACUGGAAAACCAUGUAAGCACCAAAGGCAUGAUCUCCAGACUGGUGAAUUGGUUUCAGAAGCUGGAUUGAAGCUGCAUUGUAGUGGAUUUGUUUUUCUUCAUGCUUGUGCCUGUGGACGUUCAAGGAGACUACGACUUGAUCCAUUUGAUUUUGAAUCGGCAAACAUUACGUCUAAUUGCUUUCCUGACUGUGACAAACUUCUUCCUGCACUUCAAUUACCAAAAAUAUUUAAUGAAGGACCUGUUCAUCCGUCUUCAUGGAGUUUGAUUCGUAUUGGAGGUGCAAGGUACUAUGAACCUUCAAAAGGCUUACGUCAGAGUGGGUUUUCUGCCACUCAGAGGUUCCUGUUGAAAUGGGAAAUAAUUUUAGAGAGUAGAAAAGGUCAAAAUGGCUCAACAGCUGCUGCUGUACACCAAGGUUCUGUAACAAAGUCAAAUAUAGACCCGAAGUUUGAACCUAAUGUGAGUACAGAUAUAAACAGUGCUGCUGGUGUGCGACUGUACUCAGGGGAGGUACAGUCUGUAGUUGAAAAUCAAAGAAAACCCUCAGAGAGUACAAUACUUGAUGAAAAGAAAAUCAGUUUCGGUAGAGGUCUACCCAAUUUUACAAUGAGAAAAGCUUUUUCUGAAGUUGUUGCUGGAUCAGCUGCAGGUGAUUCUGGAUUUCCUCCUCUUGAACAGAGAAAGCAACAAUCUUCACGUUUAGAUAGGACUGUCAAGCAGAGUAGGACUGGAGACUUGAGCGCCGAGCACAUUGCUGUUAAUCAAGGACCUCAAAUGUCUGAAGGUCCUUCUUCUGCUCUGGAUGCCUCAAAUGAGAUAAAUAAUAAUGGUUCUACAAUGGGAGAUCCCUAUUUACGCAUAGGCAGUUAUGUAGUCCCAGUUAACAGGAAUUCUGGUGAAAGAAUAAAAAAGAACCUUUCAGUUAAACAUGUAACAGCAUAUGUGGGUUUUGAACAUGAAUGCCCUCAUGGCCAUCGUUUUCUACUGAAUCCAGAGCAUCUCAAUGACCUUGGAACAUUGUAUCAACUGGAAGAAUCUCAAAUUCCUUCUGUUGAAACUUCAUAUCAGAGUCCCAGGAAUCCUUCAAAACUGAGUAAUAAUGGUCUUCGUGGUAAAGUUCAUCCUGCGUCAAAUAGGAAUAAUGCUACUUCUACAAGAAAGGGAAGAAAUAUGGAUAAAUCAAAGGAGCAAGCAACUAAUGGUUAUCCAAAUCUAGACAAACAAGCCCAGUUAAUAGUGUCAGAAAAGGAGCAGAAACAGAAUCAUAUGUCGUUCGGUGUAUCAACUGUCCAUGAUUUUGUUAAAGACGUUCGAGGAAGCCUUGAUUCUAUCAAUAUUGAUGAGGAUGGCCAUGCUUUCUCAAUGUUGAAUAGAAACUUACCAAUCUACAUGAACUGCCCACACUGCAGGCUUUCCAAAAAUAAUGAAGAACAAUCAAAAGUUAAAUUUGCCGGCAGAAUAUCACAGCUUCAAAGGAUUUUUGUGGUCACACCUUCCUUUCCAGUUGCACUAGCAACUUGCCCACUAAUUCAAUUUGAGGCGUCUUCUCUACCUCCAUCGGUAUCAGAUCGUGAGCAAAAACUACAAUUCAGUCUUGGAUGUGAAGUGCUUUUACCACCAGAGAGUUUCCUUACCCUAAGACUACCAUUUGUUUAUGGUGUGGAGUUGGAGGAUGGAAAUUCACAUUCUCUCAAGUACUUUGAGCAUCAACCAGAAGCAACUGCUUGGAUUACUAAAGGGACUGCAUUGCAAAUUGUUUCCAAAAGAAACAGUAUUGGUCAUCAUGGAUCUCAUACCUAAUUUGUCACUGAUUUUUGGAAUUUGGCUUGUAUAUUGAUGUAUACUCCCAAUGCAGUGGCAACAGCUGUUUGGUUUGGCCAUUCCCUUGUAAGCUCAGUUCCAGCUGAGUGUCUUUCUUUUCAGGAGCUUUACUAUGAAAAGGCACGUAAUACAGCCGCUAUAAGGAAUGAGCUAGCACGUUUAUGAGAAUGAAUAUGAAAAUUUUAGUGGCCAAAACUUGUGAAUCUCCAAGAUGGCUUGGCGGUGACUCUCAUCCGAGCAGAACAGAAUGGAAUUGUAAAGGCUGUUGAAACUUUGAAGUUGAACUGCAUUUGGCUGGCAGGUAAUAUGUUAUGUUUGGAGGCAGCGUGAGGUUGUUGGAUCAUUCAGCAUUGCCUCAGCUCUAUAUACUAUACUAUACAAUACAAUACUCCCUUCCCUUAACUCUAUAGAAUCUCCAAAUUCUAUUCUAUUCAAGUCUAUCAACUAAUGAAGAUAGGCAAAUACAAAACAAGAACAUAUUUUUGUUUCUUUUGCAUUUUGAAAAGGUGGAAAAGGUUCAUACUUAUUUUCCUUUCUAGGAAAUUUCCUUAUAAAUUAGAAACCAUUUUGUUGUUGUAGUCAUAGAACCGUCUUAUAACCGGGGGAAAUCAAUUAAGAGAAAUGAUGAAUAUUGAAAUUUGGUGGUA